AGUGAGAAAACCUGUUUGUUCUCCCGAGGGCAGAGCCAGUCGGUCCUCCACAGCCGCACCGCCUGCCGAGCCCGCGCCCCGCCAGCCGGGCGCUGCACCCACGGAGCCCGCGUCCCUCGAGCUGCCUCCUGCCAGGACCCUUGUUGGACCCCCUGGAACAGCAGCUGCAGAGCCAGCACCAUGAGCAUAUCAGCUCUCGGAGGUAGUACCAAAGGAAAGGCCCUCCCACAAGCUGAGGAGGAGCGUAAAAAUGUCCUGAAGCAGAUGAAGGUACGCACCACACUCAAGGGCGACAACAGCUGGAUCACCAAGCAGGCUGACUCGGAGGGCCGCACACUAGAGCUGCCCCCCCCAGGCCCUGGCCGCAGCAGGACCACAUCCUUCUCAUCAGUGGGGGAUGUCCCAAAAACCAGAACGAGCAUCCGGGCCCCCACAGGCUACAUCAUUCGGGGGGUGUUCACCAAGCCCAUAGACAGCUCAUGCCAGCCCCAGCAGCAGCUCCCUAAGACCAAUGGAGCUCCCAAGAGCAGUUUGGGAUUGAGAGGAGCCUUGGCUGGGGGCCCCCGACUGUCCUCCUCCGGCUACAAGAUGACCACGGAGGACUACAAGAAGCUGGCACCCUACAACAUUAGGCGCAGCUCAGCCUCUGGGGACAUUAAAGAGGAGGAAGUGCCUUUCUCUUCCGAUGAGCAGAAACGGAGGUCGGAGGCUGCCAGCAGCGUGCUGAGGAGGUCGGCACCAAGGGAACACUCGUAUGUGCUGUCGGCAGCCAAGAAGAGCAGCAGCAGCCCAACUCAGGAGGCGCAGGCCCCGUUCAUUGCUAAGAGGGUGGAGGUGGUGGAAGAGGAAGGGCCUAUGGAGAAGAACCAGGAGUCACCUGCUCUGGCAAGACCUUCCUCAGGCUCGGGCAGUGUUGAUGGAGGCCGAGCCAAGGUGUCUCGGGCCAUCUGGAUUGAACGCAUGCCCAGUGUGGCCAGCUCCUCUGCAAGCUGGGAGCCCAGUGCGAGAGGCGAGGAGAUCGUUCGCCUGCAGAUCAGCACCCCUGGAGCUGGACUCCACCUGCUGGCGCCCGACCAGGAGGGAAUGAGGUCUCCCUUGAGUCCCAGAGACAAGGAGACCACUAGCUUUGGAGAUCCCAAGAAAGACAUGAUUGGCAAGGCGGGUGUGGAGUCCGAUUCUGCCAGGCUGUGCUCAGCUGCGGCAGUCACCCCAGCCCCGGAAGAGCCAGAAGGACACGACUCAGACCCCCAGCCCCACCAGUCUGCACCAGGGGCUGCCAGCUCCAGUGCCACUAUGGCCUCUGCCACCCUGGAUGACAGGAAGAGUGACAGCCCCACAGAUCUGGAGGCAGCAGAUACAGACCAGAAGGGCAUCCUGACUGGUCCGGAGGAGGAGGAUGUGUCUGCCAAGGUGGGAGAGGCCUGGCAGGAGAAGCCUGGGGGCAUAAGGGGUGGCUGUAAAGAUCCAGCUACGCCUGCCCUGCAGCCGGAAGACUGUGACACCUCAGAGCAGCCCAUCGGCCCUGGAGGACCCGAACAGCUGGUGGAGCUGGGUGGCCAGACCAACAGCACCCUGAUUGGUCCAGAGGAAGAGGACGUGUCUGCCAAGGUGGAAGAGGCCUGGCAGGAGAAGCCUGGGGCCCUGAGGGGCAGCCAUGGAGAUGCAGCUGCACCUGUCCUGCAGCCAGAAGACUGUGACACUUCAGAGCAGCCUGGUGGCCCUGGAGGAGCUGAACAACUGAUGGAGCUGGGUGGCAGGGCCAGCAGGGGGAGAAGCCCCUCCAGCUGCAUACUUACCGUGACAGUGGCUGCGGAGAAGCCUCACACUUCCAUCCCAGCCUCCCCGAGCAAGCUGGAUUGCAGCAGCAUGACCAGCAAAGGGAUUGUGUUCGUCAAGGAGUACACGAAUGUAAGUGAGGUGUCUUCCGGGAAGCUGAUGUCUGCCCACUACGGCAGCACUCUGUGCAGCACCAGCAGUACUGGGAACUCACUCAGCAGGGAGAAGAAAGUGUGUGCCAGCACUCUGUAUCCAGAGAGAAUGAAUGGAGACACAUGCACCUACUGCGGCCGGGCUAUCCGGGACUGUCCGAAGAUCACACUGGACCACCUUGGCAUCUGCUGCCACGACUAUUGCUUCAAGUGUGGGAUUUGCAGCAAGCCCAUGGGCGAGCUCCUGGACCAGAUCUUCGUCCAUCGUGACACUGUCCACUGUGGGAGAUGCUACGAGAAGCUCUUCUAGCUCCCUCAGGCUGAGAAGAAGCUUCUGAGUCUGGAUGAGUGCAGCGCUCCCCAAGUCCCCAGUGGCUGGUCCCUUGCCCCCUCUUCUCCUGGCCUAUUUCUCCCUGCUCCCACCCCUCUGCAGCUCACCUCCUCCCACCCGGUAGUGUGCCCGGGGCUCAGACAGCCCCCCCACCCCCCCCGGGCGGUGUGGCUUUCUGUAGAGUAGCAAACACUGCCUCAGAGGCACUCUGGCCAGAGUGAGCCAGAGCAGGAGCUCAGCAAGAC